UCGCGCAAUCCACAGCUACACAUAACAGUUUCCACAGACGCUGGGCUAACCACGGUGCCCUCAGCAACGACCGAAGAGCAGGAGCACACAUCGAAAUCACUCAUAUCGCUCUCCAUGAUCAAAUCUGCGCUCGCUAUGCUCCCGACUAUCGAUCUGCCGCGCCCAACGCAGCUCAUAUCUAUCUCUUUACCUUCGGCAUUACACUCCAAGAUGACUUUGCCUCCUACCACAUCUGAGAAAAGGCAGCAGGAGCAGCAACCACUAAAGCAGACUAUGUCAUCGAUCGAACACUCUAAUUCCGCAGGCUCUGCCUUACCAGCUGCGCACUCUACUUCAGCGUUGCCGGCAGACGUGCCCAAUUCGUCGACAGAAUCAUCCCCGCGUUCAUCUGUGGAUACAACACGUUCGAGUAGCCCCGAGUCCGAUGAUGAUCCUGCCAAUUACACUGGUCUUUGGGAGCCAUUCCAAAUCCCUUACUCUUGUUCACUGCAGUCAGAAGUGGUGUUUCCCGGGCAGAAAUUACCGCUCAAGAUUCGAUUUGGGCCACAGAAAGGCCAUCAUGGAGGAAGACACGACGCAAGAAAGGAAAGGGACAGGGGAAAGCACGGAAGGCGCGAUAGCCGUCAUGAUCAUGAGGAGGACGAUCAUGUUCCACAGCCCGAGACCUUGGUACCGCACCCUCGGUUCGUUGUCAAGAAGGGUAUUCUGAAGGUGGUGGAGCACACCCUUCUGAGAGAGGUCUCUGUCGCGCCCGUCCCAUUCAAGCUACGUUACCAGAACCAAGCCGUGUUGUUGAAUCGGAGUGCCGCGCCCCAACUGGUCCAAGGGACGACAUUCGCUCAGCAACAGCAGCAGAAAUUGCAGUCAGGACGCAUCUACGCCGACAAUGGCUUGCUGGCGAUACCAGAGGCUGGAAAGGACAAGGACAAUACACAGAUAUACCAGGAGAAGACCUACAACUGGAGCAACUCUCAUCUAUAUGAUAUGCUUCAACAAGAGGCACACAGUCAGCACCCAAGCGAUAAGGCCUCAACAAACCAGCAGAACCCAGAACAGAAUGGAAACAGCAACUCUAAUGACUUUAAACGAUUUUUCUUCAAGCCGAAACGACAUAGUUUGGACUACUCUACGCAACAACAAGCGCAAUCUACACAUACCCGGAAAACCUCAGCAUCUACCACAGUAUCAAACCCGCACGGUCUUUCACCCUCUCCAUCCGGCAGUUUCAAUACAUCACGUAUCAUUAACACUAUCGAAGCAAAGUUCAAGGCGGAGAUCAUGGCGGUCUCGCUGACUCCGCAAUUGCAGCAACGCGAACGGCGAUAUCAACGACGCGUUGAGAUGAUACUCAAGGGAGCUGGUAUAAACGACCCAGGCAGGCCACUAGCCGACAGUGACGAUGAGGAGGAGCACGAUCAGAAUCAGGAUCGAGAUCGAGAUGAGGAGGACGAGGAAGGUGUUUGGCAAACUACUGUGUGGAUUCAACUGCCAGGCCCUGCGGAACUUAACACGUCUACGGAAACAAAGCACAUUAUCAGGAAACAUACACUCCAGCUGAUUCUUUUAUGCGGGCUAGUGGGCGGCGAGGAUGUAAAGCACACAAUGUCGUCUGAAUCACUCGCUACACCGUCUAGUGCCAACAGGGAGUUCCGACUUGAGAUGGAUCUUUAUGUAACUGGUCCUCGUGUGCCGCUCUAACGUCCGAUGUAACACUCCAUGCGCUCGCUGCAGCGUACAUGGCCAUCAUGAAGAGCCAGACAAAAAAAAUAAAAUAAAGAUCUUCAUGGGUUCUUCGAAAGGUACUGUCAG